AUGGCGACCACCGACGAGGAUAAGCACUCCAAGAUGGAGAUGCCCGGCUCACCCCCGAGUCUCGACGGCGAAAUCCACAUGGGCGACAACGCCGACGGCCUUCAGCGCCGCCUGAAUAACCGUCAGAUCCAGCUCAUCGCCAUCGGUGGCUCCAUCGGUACCGCGCUCUUCGUCAGCAUCGGUGCUGGUCUCGCCAAGGGCGGUCCCGCCAGUCUUCUCAUCGCAUUUACCUUUUAUCCUCUGGUCCUCGGCCUCGUCAACAACUCGAUUGCCGAGAUGACUGUUCUCUACCCCGUCUCUGGUGGUUUCAUCCGUCUCGCUGGUCACUUUGUCGACGAUGCCCUUGGUUUCAUGAUUGGCUGGAACUUCUUCAUCUAUGAAGCCCUGCUCAUCCCCUUUGAAAUUACCGCUCUCAAUCUCGUCAUUGGCUUUUGGGACGAACGCAUCAAGGACCCUGGCCCUACCGCUGGAAUUUGCGCCGCCGUCAUCAUCUGCUAUGCUGCCCUAAAUAUUCUGGCUGUCCGUGGCUACGGCGAAGCCGAGUUCUGGCUCUCUGGAGGCAAGGUUAUUCUCCUCUUCAUCCUUUUCGGCUUCACCUUCAUCACCAUGGUCGGCGGCAACCCUACGCACGACGCGUACGGCUUCACCCACUGGAAGCACAUUGCUUUCCAGGAAUACAUUUCGACCGGCGCCAAAGGCAAAUUCGAAGGCUUCCUCGGCGCCCUCUGGAGCGCCAGUUUUGCCGUUGUCGGCCCCGAGUACAUCUCCAUGGUCGCUGCCGAGGCCAAGCGUCCCCGAAUCUACAUCAAGACCGCCUUCAAGACCAUCUACUGGCGUUUCGGUCUCUUCUUCUUUGGCAGUGCUCUCGCCGUAGGCAUCGUCCUGGCCUGUGACAACCCCACCCUCGUCAACGUCCAGCUCGGUGACGGAGGCAGCUCGGAUGCCGGUGCCUCGCCCUAUGUCAUUGCCAUGCAAGCCAUGGGAAUCAAUGUUCUCCCCCACAUUGUCAAUGCCCUCAUGCUCACCUCCAUCUUCUCUGCCGGCAACACCUACACCUACUGCGCCACCCGCUCCCUCUACGGUCUCGCCCUCGAGGGCCGCGCACCCGCCUUCCUGCGCAAGUGCAACAGCCGUGGUGUGCCCAUCUACUGCUUCCUCAUCGUCAUGUGUUUCCCCUUCCUCUCCUUCCUCCAGGUCGGCAGUGGUUCCGCCGUCGUCGUCACCUGGUUCGUCGAUCUCAUCACUGCCGGUGGCAUUAUCGACUACAUCGGCAUGUCCAUCACCUUCAUCUUCUACUACCGCGCAUGCCAAGCUCAGGGUGUUGACCGUAGGAGCCUCCCCUACUACGGCCGCUUCCAGCCUUACGGUGCCUAUAUUGCCAUCUUUGUUCAAUUCCUCAUCAUCUUCUUCUAUGGCUACACCGCAUUUGCCCACCCCAUCACCCCUGACAAGUUCUUCAAGAACUACACCAUGCAAUGCCUGGCUCCCAUCAUGUUCUUCGGCUGGAAGUUCCUCAAGGGCACCAAGCUCAAGAAUCCUGCGGAGGUUGACCUUCUCUGGGAACGCCCCACCAUCGACGCCUACGAGAACCGCUUCACCGAGCCCCCUGUCGGCUUCUGGACCGAGAUGAUGGCCCUCUUUGGCUACAAGAAGAAGAAGGUCCAACAGAUUGAGGGUUGA